AUGGAGAAGGCAAGACAUUGGAUAACAAUUCAGGAAAAGGAAGAUGUGAAGAGAUUAUUGUUAGGGGAAAUGAAAUUCUUUGAAUAUAUAUUUCUCUAUAAAGAUGCAGUGAUGUUUCAGAUUGAGCAAGUCACAAAGCUGUGCUCAAAGAUUGCUUUGACUGAGCCUUGGGAUCCUUAUGAUAUUCCUGACAACUCUACUUAUGAAGAUCAGUACUACAUUGGGGGGCCUGGAGAUGAAAUUAUGGUACAGGAAUGGUCUGAUAGAAAACCAGCCAGGAAAUUUGAGUCCUGGGUUGGCGUUUACACAGUCAAGGACUGUUAUCCAGUGCAAGAAACCUACACCAAGAACUACAGCGUGACAACCUCCACCCGCUUUUUUGAUCUACAGCUGGGUAUUACUGACCCCUCCGUGUUUACCCCUCCCAGCACCUGCCAGGAAGCCCAGCCAAUAAAGAUGAAAGAUGAAUGCUGAUUAUGGACAAUGGGUUGCCACAUGCAAACAAAUAAUGACAUGGAGGAUAAUUAUUAAUAAUCAACAACUGACAUGUAAGCUGAUUUUCAACCUGAUUUUUGUCUUUUUGGAAUUCUGAGUUUUCAUUUGCAAGGGAACACAAUAUAUAAUUGAACAGGAAGGUAAGAUGUGUAGCAAAAAGGAUAUCUUUAUUUCAGUGUUUCACUAAAUUAAACUGUUCAGCGAUGCACUUGGUGUGUUUGUUACUGAUGAAGUAAUGUUUAUAGGCACGAUUUUAGUUGGGAAUAUUUUUUGAAAGUUUCAUUAUUUAAUAUUUCAAAAUGUCAACACAAAAGUAUAUUGUGUUCCUAUUAACAUAAAAGAAAAGUUGGAUAUUGUUUAUUACUUCUGGAGGGAUUUAUGGAGUUGAUAAAAUAUAUUCUGUGUAAGAGCUCAACUGUAACCAUAAAAUGGCAUAGUUUAAGCAGACUAUGUCAGAGUGAUUAAAUGCAUUCUCUUGGGGUUUUUUAUCCUUGCUCUUCAAAAAGCUUUCAGUCAAGUGUAUGGGGGUGUGCGGUUGUUGGGCUUUUUGCAAAGAAACCAGAGUGACUAUUCAUAUAAUACUAUGUGACUGAUGUAAUACUUUAAUGGGG